AACGUGGGCGCUCCGGAAUCGAUUUGCAGCACCAGGCAGGAACAUCAAGAUGACACACGGACCACCGGCAAGCCGCAAACGGCAGCAGCAACAGAUCGACAGUGACAUCGAGCAGAGCGUCACCGAGGUGGACAAUGGGUUGCCAACACCGCCGGACGGUGGUUGGGGCUGGAUGGUGGUGUUGGCCUCGUUCAGCAUUCAUAUCAUCACCGACGGUUUGACGUAUUCGUUCGGAAUUUUCUACUCCGAGUUUCUAACGUACUUCAACGAAGGCAAAGGCUACACGGCAUGGAUCGCAUCAAUUCUCGUAGGCGUCACACUAUGCUCAGGACCCAUCUCAUCGUCACUGGUUAACCGGUAUGGGUGUAGGGCGGUUACGAUAGCUGGGGCAUUGCUGGCUAGUGCCUCGCUGGCAGUGAGCAUGUACGCAACCAGCGUGUUCAUGCUGUUCAUCACGAUCGGCGUCGGUACAGGGCUUGGGCUCGGUUUGAUCUACCUGCCCGCAAUCGUCAGCGUGACGAUGUACUUCGAAAGACUGAGAUCCCUAGCGACCGGUAUUGCGGUGUGCGGUUCCGGCCUAGGGACAUCGAUAUUCGCCCCAUUGACGGAGGCGCUGAUCAAGAAAUUCCAAUGGCAGGGUGCACUGUUGGCGAUCGCCGGUAUCGUGCUGAUCUGCGUUCUCUUCGGUCUGAUGUUCCGGCCGCUAGUGCACGAACCUAGCGCCGAGAAGGAACUGCAGGAACUUACCCAACAUUCCAGCGCUGAACAAAGCAAUAGCUUGAAACCACCCCCAGCCAACGCUAGCGAGAGUAGUCUGAAGCGCUCCAACAGUCACGGUAACAUGGAGGCACCUAAAAUAGAUCUCAAUGCGAACGGACACUCAGUAAGUGGACACAACCUAGACAAACCCUCCCGUGCCACACCACCUGAAGACGCGAAGCGUCUGGGUCUCAGUCAACCUUUGCUCACCACACCCGAAUCACAACAGCAGAUAGUGCUGAAGCGUACCGAGAGUGGUACCAUGUACCGGAAGGACGCACUCUACACCGGUUCCGUACACAACAUCGCAUCGCGCCACGCCUCCCAGGCGAAUCUAUCCGUCUACGAGAAGGGUAGCUACGGCUCUGUGCAGGGCAAUGGGCUUCACCGGCCGGUCGCCGAACCGGAUGCCCCAGAACACUGCUGCGGCUGCAUACCGUGCUCGCGCGAAACGUGCGACACCUUCCGCGAGAUGAUGAACUUCUCCAUCAUGAAGGAUCCGAUCUUCAUCAUCUUUACCGUGUCAAACUUUUUGACGAGCGUUGGCUUUAACGUACCGUACGUGUAUCUGGCUGCGCAGGCACAGGUGCUCGGCAUUGGGUCGCAGGAUGCGAGCUAUCUGCUCGGCAUCAUCGGUAUCGCCAACACGGUGGGACGCAUUGUGCUCGGCUAUCUGUCCGACAAGCCGUGGGUUAAUCGACUGUUUGUGUACAACUGCUCGCUAGCGAUAUGUGGCAUUGCGACCGCACUGUCUGUGUUCUGUCUUGAUUUCUACUGGCUCGCGGUGUAUUCGGCCGUGUACGGUUUCACGAUCGGAGCCUACGUUGGACUGACGUCCGUUAUACUGGUCGAUCUGCUCGGCUUGGAGAAGCUGACCAAUGCGUUCGGAUUACUGCUACUCUUCCAGGGUAUUGCCUCGUUCGUGGGACCUCCGAUUGCAGGCUGGCUGUACGAUUACACACUCUCGUACGGACCCGGGUUCAUCAUGGCCGGUACUACGAUCGCCAUCAGUGGUGCGAUGCUGUUCGCCAUCCCGUCCCUGCAGCGAUAUCUAGCCCGUCGUCAAACCAAUGACGCUACGAUGGGCGCUCCGAUAGAGUAG